AUGGCUUCCAAUGCGAAUGGCCCGGUUUCCGCAGACGAUAAAUUUAAUUUGAUCACGAGAAAUUUACAGGUUUGUUUGAUCCUUUUAGUCUUAACUUAAUAUAUUUUGACCUGGUGCGCUUCAGUUACUUACCUGAGUUCCACACUACUCAUUAAGUGGUUUUAAUUUCUCUUUCGUUUUCGCUUUCCCCUCUCCCUAGUUUCCCGCUUUACCAAAGGCCUGUUCACAGGCUACCUAUUCGGGGAAACGUUUUCACUAGUGAAGACCAAAACAAGUUGGUCUGGGCGUCCGUUAUCGAGGUUUCUAAAAGGCGAGAGUUGAUUGUACUCACGUUUUUACUCUUUUUUCUAUCAGGAGGUGAUAGGGGAAGAUCGCUUGAGGUCCUUGUUACAGGAAAAACAUAUUUCUUUGUACUGGGGUACUGCUACCACAGGAAAACCACAUGUUGCUUAUUUUGUACCAAUGACAAAAAUUGCAGACUUUCUGAAAGCAGAAUGUGAGGUGAGUGAUUAUCUUUGUUUUCUGCUCCUUCCGCCUGCUUAUGUCAGUGCCCCAUUACAUUAAAAAGGCCUAAAGAGACAGAAAUGUUUUAGACUACUGAGCAGAAUUCAAGCAGAAAUUAGGUAUCUGAGCAGAAUUUGAAUUUUCAAAGAGAAUAAACUAUUUUUAUUAGCAUGCCAAGGGUCAGAAUGAAGCAAUUUUAUUUCAAAUUUUUAUUCAAACGCACAUGGUGACCAUGAAAUCAGAAACAUUUUCAGGGAUGCUCGGAAAAAUUAAGACCCAUCACUUCUGAUUAACUGCUCUCCUUCAGAAUUGCGUCUCAUUUUUCUUUGGUGAACCAAACUAAGGGGGAAUCUGACUUGAGACCAGGAAAGACUUCACCACUUGGGGUCUUUCUCAUUUCCUUAUUGGGAGAAGUAGGUUUACAUAUGUUAGCCUACACUGCAGACAGAAGUAAACUUCUGGUCAAGUCUGUUUGUGAAAUAGUGCUGGGAUCCUUGUUCUAGGUCUCCACCUGUGUACCAGGAUUUGAGUAUGUGCCAUGAUUGGCCUAUUUAAAAAAAGCCGUUGUUAAUAAUAAUUUACGAUUUGCUAAUCUGGUUGAAGGGAAAUUUGAAAUGCAUUUCUGGUAAUUUGUAGUGUCUAUUGGGGAACCAGAAAGAGGAUAGCGGAGCUGCUUUGCAGAUGUUACUAACUGGGGUUAUAUGAAGAUUGUGUCUGCAAAACAGACUAGCUAGUUUAUGUAGGAGAACUGCCUAUGAGUCAAAGAGUUACCUGACCUACUUUAUCACAGGCAGAAAUUAAAACCAUUGCAAGGAUCAUAUCUCAGAAGGGUACAAGGAUAAUCUCCCAGGAGGUUCACAGGUAUAAAAAUGGAGGCAAGGGGCAACAAGUUCAGAUAUUUGAAUAACCAUACAUAAAACACAAUUCAGGUGGAUUGCUACGUUCUUGGUGUUGCUGACAGGUGCAAUCACCACCCAGCCUAAAGAUUAACAAAACACUCCCUCCCCCCUCAAAAAAGGAAGCAAAAAGAAUAUACGUAGCCAUUUUAAGACCUAAGUAACCCAGUGUGAGAUAAUGUGAGGAAGUGCUAACCUCUUAGCAGUUAAUCAGAGAAAUUUGCAGCUUACAAUGUACAUCGAUCAUUAUAUUAAUGUAGUUAACAUUUUUGUUUUUUUAGACGUGUACAUGUUGUCUGCUGGUUUGUUUCAUUCUACUAAAUCAAAAAUUCUUUUUUUAGGUAAUAGUUCUGUUAGCUGACCUUCACGCAUACUUGGAUAAUCUUAAAGCACCCUGGGAGCUGUUGGAGUACAGAGUGAAAUACUAUGAGGAAGUUAUCAAGGUUAGACAAAAAUUAUCAGACUUUUUAUUACCAGAAUACUGAUUUUUAAGAAGAACUUGGUCUAGUGUGGUCUCUGUAAAUACCUCUUUAUAUAAAUGUUACAAUAUUAUUGAUUCAAGUUAAAAUUUUUGAACCUAGGUUGGUCCUCAGUUUGCUUUGUUUCCUACCCCUAAUUGUUCAUGAAUUAGGGCUAGGAGACAAAGAAAAUCGAGAAUCAACUUACAACGAGGGACAAAAGUGUUGACACACUUCGGUAAAAUGGCCCCAUUUUGCAUAGUGGAUAUACUUAUCUCCUUCCCCUGUCUACCCCAACCCCUUCCCCCCAAAAUCAAUGUUGAAUUUUGGACCCUCAAGUCUUUUUUUUUACUUCAGACAAAAUUGAUUCGGGGGGUCGGGGGAUUUAUGGCGUCUAAAAGGAAUGAAAUAAUAAAUGAAUUAAAUGUUUGUUAAAAGCACCCGUUUUAAAGAAGUGUGUCAACUACUUUUGUCCCUUAUUGUAGGUUACAUCAAUGAAUAUAUUUUGUAAUUUUUUUUUAUAUUAUUAUUAUGAUUAUUAUUGAACAUUUUUGUCAGUUUGAUAUGCUUUAACUUUACACACGUUUUUUUUUUGUUAUUUGUACAGUCAAACCUCCUUUCCACAAUGGCCUACAAGGCCACAUAGAUACACUUAUUUGUACAAACUGUGUGGCAAUGAUGACAUUAUAUUUAAUAGUGAUUGCAUAAUCAUGAUCUUAAUGGUCAGAAUAGUUUUUUUGGGAGUUAAUCACAUAUCCUCACUGGCCGAUCAACUUGUAACUAGCCAAAAUAAAAAUUAUGCACAUAUAACACUUUUAAUAUGAUUUUUUGUUUGAAAAUUUGAUUUUCUCCUACAGGCCAUGUUGGAAUCAAUAAAUGUUCCUCUUGAAAAACUAAAGUUUGUCAGAGGAACAGAGUAUCAGCUAAACAGGUGACUGAAACCUUCACUUAACUAAUUUCAGUCACUGAUUGCAGUUUAAGCUGAAUCUUUGUUUUUUUAAUAAGAAAAGAAUAAUUAAUAUAUAUUUACAUGUACAAAUAAAGAUAACAAUAAGAUUUUUUUUCCUUUUUUUUUGUCCGGCAGAGAUUAUAUUUUGGAUGUUUUCAAAAUGACCACAGUGGUCACUGAGGUAACUUUCUUCUCACAUGUUCUUUUUCUCAGUAUAUUUAUCAUAAUUAUUAUGAUUAAUAAUGAUUGUUUAUUAAUAGUAAUAAAAUUAUUGAGAGGUGGCAAUCCCAACAUUUCAUGCCAUAUCAUCAAUAUUAUUUUGAAAACUAGAUCUGUAAUAAUAAUUUUAUGACGUGAAUCACUCAGUGAAGAAGUUCAUCUUGCAUCUAUAUAUUUUUAUUAUUAUUUUAUAUUGUUUUUUUAUUAUUAUUUGUUACUGUUUGUGGCUCUAUCCCUCCUUCGUUGGGAAAUUAUUCGAGGGAACCAUAGGAUAGGUGAAUACAGUGGAGGAUAUUAACUUACCACAAAGCAGGGAUGUAAAAAUUCACCAUUUUUGACAAAUGCUUAUUAUGUGGUUUGCAAUUUUCCUCCUUGAUUCCUGCAGUGCAGUCCUCUACCUGAUGAGUUUUUGUCUUUUAUUGUCAGCAUGAUGCCAAGAAAGCUGGGGCUGAAGUUGUAAAACAAGUGCAACAUCCUCUGUUGAGUGGUCUGUUGUACCCUGGGCUACAG